UCAUUACAUCAUUAUAACGCGACGAGCCGAGGAAGGGCAGAUGUUAACGUGCAUGCUGAUGACUCCAGUUAUAAUUACAGGCUGUUUGGUUCUCGAGCACGACGACUAAUAAACACACAUCCAUACACUAUCAAAAUAGUGUAUAUUUUUGGAGCAGCUGUUCACGUUAAAGAGCGACGCACAAGCCAGCACGUUUGAAGAUGUCUGUAACGGAGAUGUUUAGCUACAUCCAAGGAUUUUUGAGCGCCGAUCAAGAUAUUCGAGAGGACAUAAGAAAAGUUGUCCAAAUUCUUGAGCAGACAGCUAGAGAGAUCCUCACCGUUCUUCAAAGUGUCCAUCAACCGAGUGGUUUCAAAGACAUUCCCAGCAAGUGCUUGAGGGCUAGAGAGCUGUUCUGCACUGUAAGAAACCACACCGGAGAGCUGAAAACGAAGUUCCCCGUGGAACAGUACUAUCGGUAUCACGAACACUGGAGAUUUGUUCUUCAACGUCUCGCCUUCCUUGCAGCUUUUGUGGUGUACCUGGAAAGCGAGUCCUUGGUUAGACGUGAGGAAGUGGCAAAAAUACUCGACAUUGAAGUUGACAGAGAAAAAGGGUUUCAUUUGGAUGUGGAAGACUAUCUAGCGGGAGUUCUUAUUUUGGCCAGCGAGCUGUCCAGGCUGGCGGUGAACAGCGUGACCGCAGGGGACUAUGGACGUCCGCUAAGGAUCUCAAACUUUAUCAAUGAGCUUGAUUCUGGCUUUCGGUUGCUCAACUUAAAAAACGACCCUCUUCGCAAGCGCUACGAUGGCCUCAAGUACGAUGUGAAGAAGAUCGAGGAGGUGGUGUACGAUCUUUCCAUCCGAGGCCUCGCCAAGGAGCAGGAGGCUGGAGGAGAUAAGUAAAGGUGUUGUGGGAACACAAGAGGCCGCGGGCGCUACCCUGGCUGGGAUUCUCCACGACCGGAAGAGCAGUUAAACCUGUCUGGAGGAAGAAGGGAGGGAGUAGAGGUUUUGAAGCCCCAGCAGCCUUGGGCAGUGUCUUUUAAACCACCUGCUCACCAUGACUUCAGGUUUUAGCGGGGAGAUCUUCUCUUUCUCACUUUUGUUGAGAGAUGGUUAUGUACAAAUGCAUUUGUUUGCCUGUUUAGUUUUUUUUUGUUUGUUUUCUUGCCAGUUGGACGCUUUUUACUGCUAUUGACUUUUUUCUGUCUCGGCCGUGUCAGUGGUGAAUCAUUGUACAGUUUAAAAAAAAAAAAAAAAAAAAAAAAAAAUUCUGGGGUGGAAGAUACUUAAAUGAUGUUGAAAACAGAAGUUGUGUGCCUGUUUUAUGGCUUCAUGUCCAGCGGAGACAUGAAGACAUUUUCUUGAUGUUAAACUACAUAAAUAUUACGUAUGAAACACACCUAUACUCAUUGAUUUAUCAUAUUGGGUUUUGUACUUGAGCACUUCUCUUGAAUGUAAGUUCAAAUGACUUGUUAAUGGUAGCUUGCUGGUACAUGAAGAUAAAUUUAAACCUUGUGCCAAAAUGUUUAGUUCUAAUUCCAUAAAUGCAUAUUAAAUCUUUAAAUCGUCUAGUGCUUUCCUUAACCACUGGUGUGCAUAUUUAUGCUUUAUUAUAUUACUCCAUUAAAAAGAGUUCAUCCAAUUA